UCUUUUUUCUUCUUCAUCUCUACUUUGACCGGAGGCUUCAUUUUCUCUCACUAGAUUCUCCGACGACCAUAUAUAUAUACUCGAUCGAGCUGUCAACUAACUCUGUAUGAAUCGAUCGAGCAUAAGUUUAAUUAUAGAACGCAGAAAUCGGUAAUGGGUUCGGGAGAGGUGCGAAUCAGUCCGAGUACAGAGGCUUUAACCGAUGACGGAGCUCCGGCGAAGAUCGGGAUGACGAAAUCGAGCAAGCUAAUGAAGACCCGGAUUUCGUCUCUGUCUAAAUUCGGUUGUUUCAGAUCGGAUUAUGGCGUUCCGACAGUCGAGAGAUCGGACAUCUAUGGAAAUCUAGACAUGGAGUCUGCAUCCGCCGGCGCCGGAAAUAAUCGCCGGCCGACUCAUCUUGUUGUUAUGGUGAAUGGGAUUAUUGGAAGUGCUAAAGAUUGGAGAUAUGCUGCUAAACAAUUCUUAAAGAAGUACCCAAAUGACAUUAUAGUUCAUUGUAGUAAACGUAACCACUCGAUGCAGACAUUCGAUGGCGUUGAUGUAAUGGGGAAGAGAUUAGCCGAUGAAGUAUUGAAGGUAGUAGAUUGUUAUCCAGACCUCGAGAAGAUAUCUUUUGUAGGACAUUCUCUUGGUGGUCUUAUAGCAAGAUAUGCUGUAGCUAAGCUUUAUAAGAAAACCACGACCGAGGAAAAUCUCGAAAAGGGGAUAAUAUUUAUAGAAGAGGAAGAAGAGAAGGGGACAAUUGCGGGUUUGGAGCCUGUGAAUUUUAUAACGUUUGCAACCCCUCAUUUGGGUUGUAGGGGACAUAAACAGGCACCAGCAUUUUGUGGGUCUUAUGCCAUGGAGAAGGCUGCGGCUGGUGUAUCGGGGAUUCUUGGAAAAUCGGGAAAACAUUUGUUUUUGAACGAUGGUCGUCGCCAUGGAUUGCCUCCUCUCUUAAUUCGAAUGACGAAAGAUAGCGAUGAUCUCCCAUUCAUAUCUAGUUUGCAGUCUUUCCGGCGUCGGGUUGCUUAUGCGAAUACACGAUUUGAUUUUGUCGUGGGUUGGAGUACAUCCUCAUUGCGGUUGCAGCACGAGCUCCCAAAGCGUCGAUCUAUGACAAGAAAUAAAAAUUACCCACACAUUUUAGAGGCGACAGAGUCUGUACAAACAGUUGAUUAUCAAGACAAAACCACAUCCUCCCCGACAACAUUGGUACAAGUGAAAAGAAGCAAAACAGCCAAUAUGGAAGAGGAAAUGAUGAAAGGUUUGAGUAAGCUAAAGUGGGAAAGGGUAGAUGUUGAUUUUGGCAGGAGCACACAACGUAUAAUGGCACAUAAUACCAUUCAGGUGCAAAUUUAUUCUUUACAUUCCGAUGGGGAUGAUGUGAUACAACAUAUGAUCGAUAAGUUUAUGUUAUGAGAGUUCUCUAGUUAUUUAUUUAUCAAGAUCUAGUGUUAGUAAAUUUAUUAUACUGAUAAUCUUCAAAUAAGGAGCAAUUUUUUGAGACUGUUUUUAUUAAAGGUAUAAGAGAUUCUGUAAUGAUCAUUACACCAACCAACUUUAAAC